AUGGGCCACAUAUUUUCAAAUAACUAUAUCUUCCUAGCGACCUUAUUGAUAAACUACUGUCAUGCAACCUUACUGGAUGAACAUGCUCUUUAUAACAAUGGAUCUUCUUCGGUUAGUGAGAUACCAAUCUCCUCGUCUAAAGAGUCUCCUGCUUCAAGCUCAUUCUUAAGUAAUACAGAGGAACCGUCCAUAAGUUCACAAGACUCUUUACCUGUGUCAAGCACGAUUGAGUUAUCAUCUGUUAUUACUACAAUGUCAGAAAGUUCCAUAUAUACUAGCACAUCAAGCAUAAUAAUAGAAAGCACAAUAACUUCCGUAAUACCGUCGUCCUUUAAAUCAGAUUACUCAUCUGAAUCCAUUGAAGUGUCAUGGUCAGAGUUAUAUUCGUAUGUUCCAAGUUCAGAAUCUAUAAUACACUCUUCAACUUCAACGUUACAAAACCCAUAUUUUAACUCCACAACAUCUUCUGAUUCUUCAAUAGAACCAACGUAUUCGCGAGAAGAAGUAGGUACAACUUCACAAGUUGCUGGUACAACAAUAGUAGAAGUUACAACUGUAUUACCAGAUCAGACCGUGACUAUAGAUACAAAUACUGGAAUUCAGCCAGUAGUUACACAGAAGGAAACAUAUACAAACAUUCCUGGUAAUAUCAAUGCUGAAACAAAUAUGAACAAUGGUCAAAAUACUGCUCUAGAAACCACUGAGGCCACUAAUAACCAACUAGGUGAUAACCAAGUUCAAACUACAACUGCAGCUGAAGAUUAUAACCCUUACCACCCAGAAAGACCUCAGGUCAAUAACGAUGCUAACACAAACACUGACGUACAAUAUACUGUACAAACUGCAAAAAGCCAGUCUGUUACUACUAACACUCAGCUGCAGAAUGUUCAAGGAACAGCUGUUACCUACGCAAGUAAUGCUAAUGGAGAGGACCGAAAGAAUACAAAGGCUAAUGUAGAUACAGUUGCCAGUAAUAAAGACACUGCAAAUAAUGAAGCUACAAAGUCUUACAUCUCUCAAAAUACAUUUCGAUCAGACACCAAAACUCUAAGUGGUCUACAAUCUACAACUGCAGAAACAAAUGUAGCCGUUUCACAACAAACCACUGAUAAAUAUAGUGUAAGCCAAACCCAAGGCGUGGCGAGUAAAAUUACUGCAAACGAUGGAACUGGAACACUGAAAGAUAAUAAGAAAACCCAAGAUACCCAGACAACAGGAAAAUCACAGUCCCUAACCAAUACUAUACCCGAAAAUGACGAUAUUGGAACAACAAGAGUCUCCGUUGAAUCACAGUCCCUAACCAAUACUAUACCCGAAAAUGAUGAUAUUGGAACAACAAGAGUUUCCGUUAAAUCACAGUAUACUGGGAAGAGUGCAGUAACUACUGAAAACAAAAUUACACACAUCAGUUCAAAUGAAAAAGCUUUAACAACUAAAGGGAACACAGCUGAUAAUACCUACACCACCAAUACUGUUUACUCAAAGGAGUCAAAAGUGACGAAUACCAAAGUCAGUGACAAUACUGCUACUACUGCGAAAGUUAAGUUAGGUUCUGCUUCCAGCAAUAAAAAUUCUGUUGUUACAAAUGCAAGUGGUAAAAUGACAGUCACAAAUAAUGGAGUGACAGGUGCGGCUGCCGCUACAAAGACUAAAAGUUCAUCAAAAUCCAGAGUCACGAUUCCAUACACCUUAUCAGCUAAUAAUAAUUGGCUUCCAAGUAGCAUAAUAAUUCAAACAACAAAAGCCUCAAAGUCUGCCACCUUUCUCAACCCAUCCUCAUUCCCAACAUCUCUCCCAGCCGCUAUUGCUGCUGGAGGCGAAGUAUCAGAACCAUCAAACACCACUUUAGUCACAAUUGGGUUUGGUUCUGAGUUAAACUACAACUUUUUGGUUGAUAAUCCAUUAUCUUCCGCUCAAAUUUUUAAUUUUCUUCCUGAGGCACUGCUCUACCCAUUUUAUGUCGAUGAAGUAUCGGAUGAGUCUGAUGUGAAUGAUGAUAAUAUAUCAUAUGAGUCUAUUUUUGUCUCAAUAUCUGUAUCCGAUGGUACCACGACACUUUCUCCAACAGCAAGCUUAGUCGAGAGAGGGCUAUCCUUUGUCAAUAAUACUUCUGAACUUGCACAAAUUCUAUCUCAAUCAUCAGGAAUUAUCAACACCAUGGAAACUGUAAAUAGACUUGUCGAACAAACUACUACAACAGCAACCCAAAGUGGAUCUUUCACAACUGUAUCUUCUACAGUAUCUUCUUCCUCUGUCGCCACCAUAGACAGUUCUUUGAUUAAGGUUAAACAGAUAUCGCCGUACAUUGAUCCCGAGAGAGACUAUGUGGUAUCCGUUGCAGAAGUUUAUUUCCCAAGCGAUUUUGUGGAUUCACUGAAAGCCCAUUUCCAAGAUAAAAAUUCUGUGCUAUAUGACAACCCUGUUCCAUCGCUAAAAUCGUUAAUGAACUUAACAGACUCAUCUGUAGCUCUACAAGGCUUAGUCCAUAGCUCCGACGAUUCUGAAUCAUCUACUAACUCAGAAGAGAGCAACGAAAAUGAACAAGAGGCCAGCCAAGUCUUUAAAUCCUCUAUAAAGAAUGGUACCCAAUAUGGUUCAUUAGAUGUUACUGGUAUCAAAGGCUCCACUUUACCUAAUCCAAUCAGAAACCGUCUAAUAAUAUUUUUAACAUGCAUGGUAUUUGGUACCUUCAUGUGGGUAUUUAGUUUCUUGGCUUUAUUCAAAUUUAUCAAAAGAAGAUGGUUUGUUUCAAAAUCCGUAUCAUUAGACAAUCCACGUCGUUCUAUUUUAAAUAUAACCAAAAUCGGAUUGUAUGGUGAUGACAUAGGAAGUCUUUGGUCGGGUGAUAGUUCCAAUUCUUCUGAUAGUUUCAACGAAAAAGUUAAAAAUAUAGUAGAAAACAGAAGAUCAAGACAUCAAAGACAAACGAGAACAUCUGGUAAUGGCGAUAACUUAUCCUUAUGUUACAACAAUUUCAUCCAAAACGCCAAUGGUGAUACACUAAUAACUAGCAACGGUCUGAGUUUUUCUCCAGUUAGUCACGAAUUCGCUGAUUAUACUCAUCAGAUAGUGCCUACUUUUAAUAGUUCAGAAUAUGAGACUGUCAAUGAUUCUUUCGAUUUUGAUUUAGCAAAUACACACAACAAUCCAUUUUCCGACAAUUAUAGAAUAUCACCAAAGUCUAAGACAAUCGACCUAUUUCGUGAUGAUUUGGACGAAAAUUUUGAGAUUGGGGAAGAAAUUGAGGAAGAAGAAAGCGUUGCUGACAUAGAUGUGGGAGAACUUGACGAACUUGACGAAGAAUUAUACAAAAAUCUCAUGGGAACUAUUAAGGGAAGAGACCCUAACGAUCCGCUUUCAAUCGAGGCCAAAAAAUUGAUGGCUCAAAUUGGUAAACAAUACCCUCAUAACAACUUCCAAUCAAUGACCGACCAGUAG